UUGUCCUCUGGGGAGAGUCAGAUGAACUGGGACAGUACAGGGGCCUGGACAAAGGCGGAGCAUUGGACUUAGGAAGAUGUGAUGACUUUGGCCAAACUAUCAGCUUCGCCCACCCGUUUACUCGUCUGAAGUGGGGUUAACACCCGUCCUUACCUUGGAGUGUUGCUGGGAGGAAAGGAAGCAAGGCAGGCUCUUGGCCAGGUGCAGGGACCCGAAUCCUGGGAGCCGGAGUUUUUCCUGCUCCAGGAGACUACAUUUUGAUCCAGAAGGGGCACAACCAAAUAGGAGUGCCCUCUUCUCGUGCCCAAAGCUGGGGCUCAGCACUGUCCCGGCAUUUGGAAGAGCCCAUCUUGUGUGUGCGCUGCACUGCCUACUCAUCAAACAGCUCUGGAGCUCUGGACCAUCACCCCUUCCCUGAAAAGCGAAGGAUUGCUCCCAUUUAUUGUCUAGGGGUAUCGGGGAAUUACAGCCCAGAGAGAGUGGGUGCUCUGCCCCAAGUUGCUCAGACUGCAAGAGGGACUGGAAGUCAGGUCUCCAGCCCAAGGCUUCCACUCUGCACAUGCAUAGCCCUGUUCCAGGUGGGGAAGGGGCUUUGUCUAGGCCUCCCUGGGACUCUGACCCGCAUCUUUUGGGGCUCAGACCUAGGCUGGUGCUCUGUGUACUGGCCCACUGGUCAGCCUCAUCUGGGGCAGCAUGAGGAGGGGGGACUUCACAACCAAUCCUCGCCCCCUCUUGUCACUCAUCCCCUGUCCCCUGGUGGACAACACAGGCUCAGCUGAGAGCCAUGCUGGAGAUCAACCGGCAGCAGGCCUCCCAGGCUGAGAGCCAGCUACAGGAGCUGAAGCAGCGAAGCAGCCAGAUCCAGAGCUCAGCCUGCACCCUGGCUUCUGUGGUCUCUGGCAAGUUCAGCCGCCUGCUGCAAGCCCUGGAGAUGCGUCGGUUCCAGGCACUGAGGGACAUCGAGGUGGGCAAAACACAGGCACUGGCACAGGCCCAGGAGGAGGAACAGCGACUACAGGGCCACCUGGAGGCCAUGGCUCACUUUGACCACAGGAUCUGCGAUCUCCUGAAGCAGUUGGAUGACCGAACUUUCCUUCAGGCAUCACAGCACCUGGCACCCCUGGGGCCUCUCGGGCCGCUGACCCCUCCACUGUGGAAUGAAGAUCAGCAGCUGGGGGGCCUGAAGGAGUUUCUGAGCCAGCUUUCUGUCGUCCUCCUGGACAAGGAGGACCCCCACGGGGCACCAGCUGAGGCUGCUGACUUGGGUCCUAUAGAUUAUCGCAAUCUAACCUUCGACCCAGAGAGUGCCAACCGCCACCUUUACCUGUCUCGGCAGGACCAGCAGGUAGAGCACCGGCGAGAGCCCCGGGGCCUGGCUGAGCCAGGCAGCUUCGAGCUCUGGCAGAUUCAGUGUACCCAGAGCUUCAAGUCUGGGCGGCACUACUGGGAGGUGCACACAUCUAAUCACUUGGUGACACUGGGCGUUGCCUACCCGGACCUGACACGGCACAAGGUGGGGCCCUACACAGACAACAUCGGCCGCGGGCCCAACUCGUGGGGGCUCUGUGUUCAGGAGGAUAGCGCCCAGGCCUGGCACAAUGGGGAAGUCCAGCGCCUCCCAGGGGUGCCAGGGAAACUCCUGGGCAUGGACUUGGACCUGGCCUCUGGUUGCCUUACCUUCUACAGCCUGGAGCCCAAGACCCAGCGCCUGCACACCUUCCAUUCCAUCUUCACCCGGCCCCUCUACCCUGUCUUCUGGCUCCUGGAGGGUAGGACACUGACCCUAUGCCAUCGACCUGGGGCCAAGCUCCCUUCAGGGCUCCAGGAAGAGGCCUCAGGGCUCAGCUGAGUAAGGCACAGGAUGGAACUCCAGGCUGGGAGCAGGUGCCACCAUCCUGUGUGCCCAAGAGUUGCCCCAGCUCCUGGCCUGGGGACCCGAGGCCACAGCUAUAAUGGGACCAGCUGUUGGCCAGCAGACUGACUUGGGACCAGGUUGGUCCACUUGAGGGGAUGGGGGGGACCCGCCCAAACUGAAGUUUACUUUUCUAGCCUCUUUGAAGGAGCUGGGACUAGGAAUGGAGUAAAAUGGGAGGCCCCUGCCCCAGGCAGAGCCCAGUUCUAGAGCCCAGUUAUAACUAUAUGUAUAUCCAAGAUGAAUAUUUUUGAGCAGGGAGCUUUGUACAAGCCAUAUUUAUUUCUUUGUAUGUACAUGAGCUAAAGUGGAAUUGCUCAACAGAAAAACAGUGAGCAUUUGAAGAUUUUAUUUUCAUACAAAAGACCAAAAUGAA